CCCACGGAGGGGUAUUUGUGGGUCUUUGGCUGCUGCUGGCCCCCGGUGUCACCGCGUCCCCCCCUGGUGCCGGGGGGGGCCACGCUGGCCUUCGUCUUCGACACCACCGGCUCCAUGUACGACGACCUGGUGCAGGUGACGGACGGGGCGUCGCGCAUCCUGGAGCGCACGCUCAGCAGGGGCACGAAGCUCAUCAGGAAUUACGUCCUGGUGCCCUUCCACGACCCAGAGGUGGGCCCCGCGACCCUCACCACGGACCCCCGCCUCUUCCAGCAGCGCCUGCAGCAGCUCCAAGUCCAGGUGGGGGGGGACUGCCCGGAGAUGAGCGUGGCAGCCGUCAGGCUGGCCGCCGAGGUCUCGCAGCCCGGCUCCUUCAUCUACGUCUUCACGGACGCCCGGGCCAAGGACUACGAGCAGCAGGAGGAGCUGCUGCGGCUGCUGCAGCACAAGCAGUCCCAGGUGGUGUUUGUGCUGACGGGGGACUGCGGGGACAGGAGCCACCCCGGGUACCGCGUGUACGAGCGCAUCGCGGCCACCAGCUCCGGGCAGGUCUUCCACCUGGACAAGGAGCAGGUGAAGGAGGUACUGAAGUGGGUGGAAGAGGCCAUCCAGGCCUCCAAAGUCCACCUGCUGUCCGCGGACCACGAGGACGGCGGGGAGCACGCGUGGCCCGUCCCCUUCGACCCCAGCCUGAAGGAGGUCACCGUCUCCCUGAGCGGCCCGGCCCCGCAGAUCGAGGUCCGGGACCCGGCAGGGAAGCUCCUCGAGAAGGGCCGCGGCCUGAAGGAGCUGCUCAGCAUCCCCGACUCGGCCGUGGUGGUGGCGGUGCAGCCCCACGAGCCGGGGAUGUGGCAGGUCAAGACGCAGAGCAGCGGCCGCCACUCGGUGAGGAUCACGGGCGUCAGCAGCAUCAAUUUCCAAGCCGGCUUCUCCACCCAGCCGGACCCCGACGGCAUCCAGCCCAGGGAGCGGCCGCUGCGAGGCCUGCCCAUCUCCGUGGUGGUGAACUGCAGCGGCCUGGAGCCGCCGGGACGUCUGCAGGAGAUCGAGCUCUUCAACAGCUCUGGCCAUGCCCUCCUCUCGCUGCCCCUGCGGCCCCUCUCCAACGCCUCCUCGGGGCAGCUCUGGGUGGGCUCGCCCCUCCGUGCCCCCCCUGGGGACUUUCUGCUGAAGGUGAAGGGCGAGGACGCUCAGGGCCACCCCCUGCACCGCCUCUCCAGUGUCACCUACACCAGCGUGGUCCCCGGCCUGCCCCAGGUGAACAUCUCCAGCAGGAUCCAGGCUUACCGCCGCCAGCCGCAGCGGAUCUCGUGCUGGGCGCACAGCGAGCUGCCCUUCCGCCUGCAGCUCAGCCGGGCUGGGGCCAGGCUCGGGGAGGAGAAGCAAUUCAGAGGUUCAGGGAACAUCAGCUGGCUGAUCCCCGCGGCGUCCAAAAGCGAUGAAGGUUUCUAUGAGUGCACGGCCACGAACAAGGUUGGGGUGACACGGGCUCAUGCCUACGUCUCCGUCUCAGAGCCACCGCCGCGUCUCCUGGCUCCGGGCAACGUCACGGCUUCGCCGGGCCAAGACGUGGUGCUGUCCUGCCCCGUGCUGAGCGCUGUGCCCUACAACCUGACAUGGAGCUGGGACGGGAGGGUGGCCCUGCAGGGGGGCGGCAGGGCCAGGCUGCUGCAGAACCACUCGCUGGAGAUCAGCCGCGUGCAGCCGGGGGACGCGGGCCCCUACGAGUGCAUCGCCCGCAGCGCCCAUGGCACCGCCACCGCCUCCGUCUGGCUCUUCGUCCAGGAGGCGCCGUGGGUGGAGGUCGACACAAGCCCCCAGCGUUUCGGCAGGGGCCAGGAGCUGCGGCUGAACUGCACGGCCGGGGGCUACCCCCAGCCACACAUCACCUGGAAGCGCUGGGGCUUGGUGCUGGAGCAGGACCAGAGGGUUUUCACGGACGCUCAGGGCACCCUGCACAUCAGGGCCGCGGUCCCGGAGGACGCGGGGAACUACAGCUGCUCCGCCAGCAACCUGCUGGGGCAGCACGAGCACACCAUCAGCCUGGAGUACAUCGAGCCUCCUGCCAUCCUGGCCGUGACACCGGGCGUGAAGGCGCUGAUGGGAGAAGACGUGACCCUGGAGUGCUGGGUCUCAGGGGUGCCCCCUCCCCAGAUUGCGUGGCACAAAGGCGAGCAGGAGGUGGUGGCGUUCCCGGCCGGCAGCCAGCGCGGCGUGCUGCGGCUGCAGGCGGUGCGGGAGGAGGAUGCGGGGCCCUACACGUGCCAGGCUCGCGGCGAGGCCGGCGACGCUUUCGCCAGCACGGUGCUGGAUGUGGGCUCUGCCCCGCACUUCCCCGAGCCCCUGGGGGACCUGGAGGUCGAGAUCGGGGAGAGCGUGAGCCUGCCGUGCCGUGCCGAGGGCUCGCCACCGCCGCGGGUGUCUUGGUCCCGGCAGGAUGGGAAGCCCGUGGUGCACCAGCACGGGCUGCCUGGGGCCGAGCUCCUCAUCGAUGGCACCUCGCUGGAUGACCAAGCUGUCUAUGUCUGUGAAGCCCAGAACGACUUUGGGAAAAUCCGAGCGGAGGUCAAGCUCACGGUCACCGGACAAGCCCCAGAAAUAGCUCUGGCACCCGCCGUGGUCCGGGCGCUGGCGGGGCAGCCCGUGUGGCUGCCGUGUGUCAUCCUGGCCGGGCGGCCGCUGCCUGCUCGCCUCUGGCUGAAGGACGGGCAGCCGGUAGCCCCGAGCGGCCGCUUCUCCACCCUGGCUGAUGGCAGCCUGCACGUGGGCCAGGCAUCGCGGGGGGAUGCGGGGUCGUACACCUGCGUGGCCACCAACGCCCUCGGCUCGCACCGGCAGGACGUGGCCCUGGUCAUCCACGUUCCUCCCAGCAUCGAGCCUGGUCCUGCCCUGGUUGCUGCCACUGAGGGAGCGGCCGUCACCCUGCGGUGCGAUGCCACUGGCGUGCCUGCCCCCACUGUCACCUGGACCAAGGGCGUGGAGCCCAUCUCACCAAGCCCACGCUACCACCUCAGCCCCAACGGGACCCUCCUGAUCCCGUCACCCUCCCCGGGGGAUGCCGGCACCUAUUUCUGCACGGCCGCCAGCGUGGCAGGCUUCUCCAGCCGGCAGGUGCAGCUCUCCGUCAGCACGAAGCCCAGGAUCAGCGUGAACGGAUCGCGGGGGAUAUCAGCCCCGGUGACCGUCCUGGCCGUGCGUGGGCAGGAGGCCACGCUGCCCUGCGAGGCGCACGGCUCUCCCCAUCCCCUGGUGGCGUGGAGUCGCGAGCCCCGGCCGCUGCCUCUCUCCUCCGCAAGGUACAGCGUCCUCCCGUCGGGGUCGCUCCGGCUGGCCGAGCCCCAGGAGGCAGACAGCGGCCUCUACACCUGCACGGCCACGAACGCCGUGGGGAACGCCUCGGUGCGCUACAGCCUGCGAGUCCAAGUCCCGCCGCGAAUCCAGCGUGGCCCCGAGGUGUUGCGGGCGCUGGUGGGAGAGCGGCUGGAGCUGCUGUGCGUGGCCCACGGGGACCCCGUCCCCACUCUGAACUGGUCCAAAGACGGCCACCCGCUGUGGGAGGGUGAGCGGGGAGCCCUGGAGGGGCCCCACGGGGCUGUGACCAUCGGGGCCGUGCAGCUCUCCGACGCAGGACGCUAUCGCUGCAUCGCCAGCAGCAGCGUGGGGCAGGACGCCGUGGAGGUGGUUGUGCAAGUGCUGGAGCCUCCAUACUUGGAGGAUGGCGCAGAGGUCCUGCUGGAGAAGGUUCUCCACGAGAACGUCACUAUACCCUGUCCGGUCAAGGGGACCCCCACGCCAUCCAUCCUCUGGUGGAAGGAUGCAGUGGAGGUGCUGGACGCCGUGCCGGGUGCUGAGCUGCUGGAUGGGGGCUCGCUCCUCAUCCGCGCCCUGCAGCCCAGCCACAGCGGGGACUACACCUGUCUGGCAGCCAACGACGUGGGCUCCGUCAGCCGCACGACCACGCUGGUGGUGCACGCCCCCCUGGAGAUGAUGGGCAGUGGCUGGGAGAACGUGUCGGUGGUAGCCGGCCAGCCCCUGGCGCUGCAUUGCAACGUCUCCGGCACCCCCGUCCCCUCCGUCACCUGGCACAAGGAUGGGCACCCGGUGGGUGAAGCUGGGGGCCCCCUCCUGCUCCGCAGGGGCCAGACGCUGCGCUUCGCCGCGGUCCGCAGCGAGGACACGGGCACCUACACCUGCAGAGCCCGGAGCAGGGCGGGAGAGGCGCGCAGAGACUUCACCCUGCUCGUGCUGGGUGACUUGGUCCCCGUCCCCUGUACCCAGCGAUGGUCACCCUGGGGUGGGCUGUGAUGGGCUGGGGGGGGAUGUCCCUUGCAGCCAGCUGGCUGGGGGCAGAGCGGUCCCUUGGGCCACAUCCAGCAUGCAAACGUGGGACCACUGAGCUUGUUAUCCUCUGCUGGAUCAGCGUGGGGAUGCCAGGAGGGUGGCAAAACUGGGGUGCCCCUCGUACCCCUGCUCACACCUCCUCUGCCCCCAGUGCCCCCGAGCGUGUCCGGGUCCCGGUGGCCUCACAACGUCUCCGUGCCGGAGGGCUCCGAGGUGCUGCUGGAGUGUCGGAGCCGGGGGGUGCCCCCACCCCGGGUGCGCUGGCUGAAGGACGGGCAGCCUCUCCCUGUGCUGGACCCUCACCUCCAGCUGCUGGAGGAGGAGCAGGUGCUGAGGAUCCCGGGCAGCCAGCCCCACCACCAGGGCACCUACCAGUGCCUGGCCACCAACCCGGCGGGCCAGCACAGCAAGGUCUUCCAGCUCCACGUGCACACUCCCCCUUCCAUCCUGGGUGCCGAGGAGCUGGUGGAGGUGGUGGUGCUGCUGAACGGCUCCGGCCAGCUGCCCUGCGAGGCGCGGGGCUCCCCAGCCCCCACCAUCGCCUGGUUCAGGGGCCGGCGCCCGCUCCCCUCGGGGACCAGGACCACCUACGUGAGGGGGGGCCGGGCGCUGCGGGUGAGCGCAGCGCAGGAGGCGGACGCGGGGCUGUACGUCUGCCGCGCCACCAACCCCGCGGGCACGGCGCACAGGACCGUGAGGCUCGAGGUUUAUGGUAAGGUGCCCGGUGCCGUAACGUGGAGGAGGUUGGGAAGCAUCCCUGGUUUGGGGGCUUUCCGAGAGGUCUCUCCCUUGUCCGUCUCCUCUCCAUCAACUUUGGGUGGCUUGCCACCGACGAUCUCCAGCGAGGGCCGCGUGGUGGAGGCGGUGAUGGGCCAGCCCGUGGAGCUGCCCUGCUCGGCCAGCGGCAACCCGCUGCCCACCCUGAGCUGGCAGAAGGACGGGCUGCCCCUGCCCGAGGGCGCCGGGGUGCUGCUCCUUGCGGGCGGCACGCUGCUCCGGGUCCAGCGGGCGUCGGAGAGCUCAGCGGGCUCCUACACCUGCCUGGCCAGCAGCCCCGCGGGCGAGAGCGUGGUGCGGCACGCGCUGCUGGUGCAGGCUCCCCCCCAGCUGCUGAUCGGCGAUGGGGAAAGCCACAUGACUGCUGUCACCAACGACUCCCUGCGCAUUCGCUGCCGUGCCAGCGGUGUCCCCAUGCCCCGGAUCCGGUGGCUGAAGGACGGGCGCCUGCUGGGCUCAGGAGGUGGUGUGGUGGUGUCUGAGGAUGGUGGGACCCUGCUGAUCGCCCACGUGGGGCUCGCCCACCAAGGGCUCUACGUCUGCCAGGGCAGCAGCCGGGCCGGGGGGGGGGCAGGUGCAGGUGUGGGUUUCGCACGCCCCUCGGUCAGCAUUGCGGAGGGGGAUGCCGUCACCGUGGCCCUUCGCCAGCCGGUGACGCUCCGGUGCCAGGCCACGGGCACGCCAGCCCCACGACUCAGCUGGAGGAAGGACGGGGUCCCGCUGCCAGCCACGGGCAGCCGCUUCCAGAUCGGGAAGGCUGACCUGACCGACGAGGGUGUCUACUCCUGUGUCGCAGCCAACCCCGCAGGGGAGGACAAGCAGGACGUGAUGCUGAAGGUGCUGGUGCCUCCGAACAUCGAGCCCAGCGAGGUGGACCUGGCUGUCCUGGAGAACAGCACAGUGUCCCUGGAGUGCCUGGCCACAGGGGUGCCAGCUCCUGACAUCUCCUGGUACAAGGGGAAUGAGCAGCUCGUGACCAGCCUGGGCCAGAUCCUGUCCAGGGAUGGGAAACGCCUGGAGAUGCCCCGUGCCCGUCUUUCUGAUGCUGGCAGCUACCGCUGCGUGGCCUCCAACGCCGCUGGGGACACCGAGCUCGGCUACAGCCUGCGGGUGACCGUGCCCCCGCGGAUCACGGCUGGCCCCAGCCCCGUCGUGGCGGUGAGGAGCGAGGCGGUGACGCUGCGGUGCGAUGCCACCGGGAGCCCUGCCCCGGCCCUGCUGUGGCUCAAGGACGGCAACCUGGUGCCCGAGGAGGUGGUGGGUGGCCCGCAGAUCCUGUCCGGCGGGCGCGUGCUGUCCCUGCCCACCCCUCGCCUCCUGGACUCGGGGACGUACACGUGCGUGGCCAGCAGCGCUGUGGGCGAGGACAGGCGCGAGGCCACCGUCGAGGUGCGGUUGCCACCCGCUGCCCCAGGCGAGGAGGAGAAUGUCUCUGCCAUCGUCAACCAGGAGGUGACACUGCGCUGCCCAGACCCUGGGGUCGACCCCUGGGGGUCCCGCUGGCUGAAGGAUGGGACCUUGCUCACCCCGAGCCCAGGGAUGCGGCUGUCAGAGGAUGGGACUGUGCUCCAGGUGGGGCGAGCCGCCGUGCAGGAUGCGGGCAGGUACACGUGCCAGGUGCCCGGCCACCCGGAGAGACACUACAACCUGAACGUGUUGGUGCCCCCGUCGUUCUCCUCGGCAGAGCCCACCGCCGUGUCCGUGCUGGAGGGGCAGUCUGUCCGGCUGGCCUGCGAGUGCCACGGGAUCCCCUUCCCUACCCUGAGCUGGCAGAAGGACGGUGAGCCCCUCUCUGCCCACCCUGGGAGCCCGAAGCUGGUGUCCACAGGAGGGAGGAUGCUGUACAUCGAGAAGGUGCGGCUGGUGGACCAGGGGACCUACACCUGCGAGUGCAGCAACGCCGCCGGCAGCAGCAGCAAGGAGCAUCGCCUGGGGGUGCACGUGCUGCCGAGGAUCCGGGGCAGCAGCAAAGCCCCCAGGAAGGUUUCCGUCAUCGAGGCCAGCGAGACGGUUUUGGAGUGCGAGGCCACGGGAACGCCGGCGCCCACGGUGACGUGGCUGAAGGACGGGCAGCCCGUGGCCGUUGGGGACGGGCUUUCGCUGUCGGAGCAGGGCUGGAGGCUGCGCAUCGCCCAGGCGGCGCUGGUCCACGCGGGGCGAUACGUCUGCCUGGCAGCCAACACGGUGGGGCAGGAGCGCAGGGAGUUCGACGUGGCGGUGCACGUUCCUCCGAAGUUCAUCCAAGGAUUGGGAUCAACCAGCAACGUCCGUGUGCCUCUGCACAGAGCCCUGACUCUGACCUGCGAGGCCAGCGGCGUCCCCGUGCCCACGGUCACCUGGUCCUGGAACGGCUCUCCUGUCACCCCCAGUGAGCUCACGCAUGUGCUCUCAGGGGGCUGGAUGCUGAGGCUGCCCCGCGUGCGAGCCCAGGAUGGUGGCCACUAUUCUUGCCUGGCCAGCAAUGCUGCUGGGGAGGCCAGGAGGGAGUUCCACGUGGAGGUCCUGGUUCCUCCCCACAUUGAGGACGUGGAUGAGGAAGAGGCCGUCACGGUGCCCGAGGGCCACCCUGUCACCUGGUCCUGCCUGGCUGCGGGCAACCCCCAGCCUGAGGUCACCUGGCUGAAGGACGGCCACCCUCCGCCUGCUGGAGCCACCUCCAUCUCUCCCGACGGCUCCGUGCUGCGCAUCCCCCAGGCUGCCCCGUCUGACGCUGGCCGCUACUCCUGCGUGGCCUCCAACCCCGUGGGGGAACAAACCAAGCACUACCUGCUGAACGUUUCGGCCAGCCCCACGCGUGCUGGAGAUGCCCACGAUGCCGCCGCGGAAGAUGUUACCGUGAUCAUCAACAACCCCAUCUCCCUGCUCUGUGAGGCUCCAGCCUACCCGCCUCCCACCAUCACCUGGCUCAAGGACGAGGUCCCCGUCGAAGCAUCGCGGGACGUCCGCCUGCUCUCUGGUGGCCACGGGCUGCAGAUCCUGAACGCUCAGGAAGAGGACGCGGGCACCUACAGCUGCGUUGUGGCCGGAGAGGCUGGGGAGGCCGUGAGGAACUACACCGUGAAGGUCCUGGUUCCUCCUUUGAUCACCCGAGAUGAUCCUUCGGGGGAAUUUGCCACGGCAGAGGUGAGGACCAGGGUCAACAGCACGGUGACGCUGGAGUGCGAGACGUGGGCCGUGCCCGAGCCGACCAUCCAGUGGUACAAGGAUGGGCAGCUCCUGCAAAGCACCGGCCACCUCCGGAUCCUCCACGAGGGACAGGUCCUUCAGAUCAAACCGGUCGGUGUCCCAGACUCAGGGCACUACACCUGCGUGGCCACCAACCCCCUGGGUGCCGACGACAAGGACUUCAGCGUGCACGUGCAGGUGCCGCCCCUCUUCCAGCACCAGCUGAGCACCAGCGAAGCUUUCGAGAUCCUGUACCGGGAGGAGGACGGGGACGGGGAGGUGACGGAGCACCGCCAGGCUGUCCUCCACCAGCCCGCCGCGCUCUCCUGUGACACCAGCGCCGUCCCACCCCCCCGGCUCACCUGGUACAAGGACGGGGAGCCCCUCGCCCCCGGCCCCGGGGUGCUGAUCCUGCUAGGGGGCCGGGUGCUGCAGCUGCCGGCGGUGCGGGAGGAGGACGCGGGCCGGUACACGUGCGAGGCAUCCAACGAGGCGGGCAGCGACCGCGUGCACUACGAGCUGGAGGUGCUGGCUGCCCCGGCCAUCCGUGGCGCUGAGGAGGAGCAGGUCGAGGAGGUGACAGCCACCACCAACAGCACCGUCCGCUUCGAGUGCCAAGCCAGCGGACGCCCCGUGCCCACCGUGUCCUGGCUCCGGGAUGAUGUCCCCAUCGCGGCCAGCCUGUGGCACCAGCUCCUGGAGGGGGGCACAGUCCUGCAGGUGGCCGUGGCAGAGGUGGGUGAUGCUGGCAGCUACGUGUGCAUGGCCGAGAACCCGGCCGGUUCAGCCGAGAAGCACUUCGCUCUCGUUGUGCAGGAGCCCCCGGGUGCUGAGGACCGGCCGGAGGAGACGCUCAGUGCUGACAUGGGCAGCCCCCUCGUCCUGACCUGCGCAGUCACCGGUGCGCCCGCCGUCACCUGGCUGAAGGACGGGAGGCCACUGGCAAGCAGCCCCGAGCAGGACCUGGUGCCCGGGGGGGGGCAGCUGCAGAUCAGCGCCCUGCAGCCCUCCCACCAGGGCCGGUACAGCUGCCUGGCGCGGGGUGAGGGCACCGACAUGCGCAAGGACUUCUUGGUGCUGGUGCGAGCGGCACCCCGCAUCAUUGGCGCAGGGGUCCCCAGCGAGCACAGCGUGCCGGAGGGCGGCGAGGUGAGGUUGGAGUGCCGGGCAGAGGGGCAGCCGCCCCCCCAAAUCUCCUGGCUGAAGGACGGGCAGCCCCUACAGCUGCAGCCCCCAUCACGUGCCCGGGUGUCACCGGACGGCAGCUCUCUGCUCCUGGAGGCGCUGCACGCCGCCGACUCGGGUGCCUAUACCUGCCUGGCACGCAACGGCGCGGGCGAGGAUGCGCGGCUGCACGUGCUGAGCGUGCUGGUGCCCCCUGUCAUCGAGGGAGGCGCCGAUGGCUCUGAUGUGGUCCGCGGUGUCCUGUCCGCGGCGGUCACCCUGGGGUGCCGGGCACGGGGGUCCCCUCCCCUGCGUGUGAGCUGGCUGAAGGACGGGCUGCCCCUGCGCCUGUCCCCACGUGUCACGCUGCUCUCGGACGGGCACGUCCUCAGGAUCUCCCGCACACAGGUCUCCGACGCCGGGCUCUACACCUGCGUUGUCUCCAGCCCGGCAGGGGUGGCCGAUCGCAGCUUCGUCCUGCAGAUACUGGCACCCCCUGUCCUGGAGAGCCCGGAGAGCAGCGAGGAGCAGGUGGUGGCCAAGGGCUCCGAUGUCACCUUCGCCUGUGAAGCCAGCGGGUCCCCAACACCGGCAGUGACCUGGCUGAAGCUCGGCAAGACCCCAGCGCUGCCGAGCGAGCGGGUGGGCGAUGGCCCACAGCUGAGCCUGGGGGCCGUGGGGCCGGCCGACACGGGGGUGUACGUCUGCGUGGCCUCAAAUGAGGCCGGGGAAGCCAGCAGAGCCUUCAGCCUCCUGGUGAUGGAGCCCCCCCAAAUUGAGGAUGCGUCCCACCCCACCGAGAUGGCCGUGGCCGUGGGCGCCCCGCUGGAGCUGACCUGCGUGGUGGCGGGUGUCCCUGCGCCCGCCGUCACCUGGGAGAAGGACGGGCAGCUGCUGGCAGGGCCCUGGCUCUCAGCAGGGAACGAGAGCACGCUCCGCAUCAACAGCAUGGAGGUGGCCGAUUCCGGCUUGUACACCUGCCUGGCUGCUAGCCCCGCCGGGGAGGACAGCAGGAGCUUCCACGUCAGCGCCCGAGCCCCUCUCACCACUGAGGGCACCGGAGAGACCCUCAGCAUCACCGCCGUGCCGGGGGGGGCAGCUCACCCUGGAGUGCCCUGUGGAUGCCGUGCUGCCCCCCCCACAUCGAGUGGCACCGGGAGGGCUCCCCGCUGCGGGGGGGCCCGCAGGCAGACCCUGGCCGAGGGCCGGUUCCUGAGGAUCCGGGACGUGGGGGCAGCAGACGGCGGGGAGUACGUCUGCAGGGCUGGCACCGCAACGGGGGACAGCAGGCAGAGCUUCCAGGUGGAAAUUCACGUGACCCCAAGCAUCCAGCCGGGCCCCGAGGAGGUGAAUGUGCCCGUGAACGGGUCGGCCACGCUGCCGUGCCGGGCGGAGGGGUGGCCCGUGCCCCGGGUGACGUGGCGGAAGGACGGCCAGCUCCUGUCCCUUCGUGGGACCAGCAGGCUGCAGCUGCUGCCCGAUGGCUCCCUGCAAAUCGAUGCUGUUCGGGUGCAGGAUUCCGGCUACUACCUCUGCGUGGCCUCCAGCCCUGCUGGCUCUGACCGGCGAGGCCUGGACCUCCGUGUCCUGGUUCCUCCUGCCAUUGCCCCCGGCCCCCCCAGCCUCACCCUGCUGGCCCAGCAGCCGGCCUCGCUGGCCUGCGAUGCAUCGGGCUCCCCCAUGCCCCAGGUCCGCUGGGAGAAGGACGGUCGCCCUCUGAACCCACAUCUCCUGCCCGGUGCAUACAGGGUGCAGACCUCGGGCUCACUGCUCAUCACUAGCCCCAGCCCCCGGGACCAGGGGUGGUUCGAGUGCGUCGCCACCAACGCCGCCGGAGAGGCGCGCAAGGUCUUCCUCGUGUCUGUCCAUUGCCCCCCCACCAUUGCCGAUGACCUCACGGAUGUGGCUGUCACCCGGCUGUCCCCUGCAGUCCUCACCUGCUAUGCCUCCGGCGUGCCCCCGCCAGCGGUGUCGUGGAGCAAGGAUGGGGCUCAGCUGGGCAGCCGAGGGGGGGGCUACCGCGUCCUGCCCACAGGAGCCCUGGAGAUCAGGCAGGCGCUGCCUGUGCACACCGGUCACUACACCUGCACGGCGAGGAGCGCCGCCGGCACUGCCCGAAAACAUCUCCGGCUUGUGGUGCACGAGCCCCCCGCCUUGAAGCCCCUGCCCGGCAUGCUGAUGGUGAUGGUCAACGCCAGCGCGGUGCUGCCCUGCGAGGCCAGCGGGGUCCCCCGGCCGGAGGUCACCUGGCAGAAGGACGGUGCCAGCAUCGCUGGAGGGCCUGGGCUCAAGGUGCUCCCCAGCGGGCAGCUGCACCUCCUCCGAGCCUCCGUGGCAGACGCCGGCAGCUACAUGUGCGUGGCUCGCAACCCCUUGGGCACUGCCGUGGGGAGGACCAGGCUGAUCGUGCAAGUGCCCCCGAGCAUCGCGGCCGGCCCCGCAGAGCUGGCAGUGCUGGAGGGGCAGGACGCGCUGCUGCCCUGCGCUGCCCGCGGCGUCCCCGAGCCCCGCGUGUCCUGGAGCCGUGAGGGAGCCCCAGUGUGGGACCGCGGUGGGACCGUCACCAUCCUGCCAUCCGGGGAGCUGCUGCUCCGCCACGUCCAGGAAGGCGACGCCGGCAGCUACUCCUGCACCGCGGUGAACUCGGCGGGGAAGGCCGUCCGCCGGCUCUCCCUGGGGGUGCACACCCUGCCCACCUUCACCCGCCGGCCCGGGGACGUGGUCCUGAGCCGGGGCGAGCGGCUGGAGCUGGUGUGCGAGGCCACGGGCAGCCCCGAGCCCCGCAUCUCCUGGACGGUCGACGGGCAGCCCCUCACCGAGGGCGUAUCGGGGCAGCGUGGCCGGAGCACCCUGCGGCGGGCAGCAGCCACCCACGCCGACAGUGGCGCCUACGUGUGCCGUGCCGAGAACAGCGCCGGCACCAUCAGGGCCACCAGCCUGGUCUCCAUCACGGAGGCGCCCAUCGUGCGGGGAGCCCCCAGCACCUACCAAGUCGAGCCCCCCGGGGGUGAUGCCCUCCUCGACUGCGACGCCCGGGGUCACCCCGCGCCCUUCAUCCGCUGGAGCAAGGACGGGGCGCUGGUGGCGGGCAGCCGGUGGCUGCGCCAGCUGCAGAAUGGCUCGCUGGCCAUCCGCAGCCUGGGGAGUGCCGAUGCGGGGCUUUACCGGUGCGUGGCAGAGAACGAGGCGGGCACGGCAGUGAAGCUGGUCACCCUGGCCCUGCAGAGUGCCCCCGCGGUGGCGGUGACACCACGGGCGGUGUCGGUGCGCGCCGGGCAGCGGGUGCUGCUGCACUGCGCGGUGUCGGGGGAGCCCACCCCGUCCGUGGAGUGGCAGCGGGACGGGGAGGCGCUGCCGGAGGGACCCCGUGGCCGCAUCCUGCCCAACGCCACGCUGCUGCUGCCUGCUGCCAUCCCCCGGGACACCGGCACCUACACCUGCAUCGCUCGCAAUGCCCUGGGCUCUGCCGCUGCCCACGCCUCCCUCGUGGUGCAAGGGCUGAGCCAAGCCAAAGCCUUCCUGAAGCAGCUGCUGCGUGUGAGCCUGUGGCCCCCGAAUGUGUACGGGUGCAGAAACGGGGCUUGGGGCACGCUGGGGGCAGGUGUUGGUGCAUUUUGGUGGGUGCAAGGCGUGGGGCCACGCUCACAGCAUCCCCGGUCGAUACACGGCACUGCGCCUUUGCGGGCUGUGUGCGCAGCCAGGCGGGGAUGCUGCUGGCCUUGCUCUGGUGGCUUUCCCGUGGGCGAGCAGCCCCAGUGCCGUGUUCUGUCCCCAGGGGAGCCGCGCCGGGUGCAGGGCAGCCUGAUCGGCGUGAUCAACACCCGUGAGUUCGGUGUCACCACCCUCAACGCCAGCGUGAUGGAUGACCCGCGCUCCGGCACCACCGCUGUCCGCACCAGCAUCAGCGGCGUCCCACGGCACGUCGGGCCACUGAUGCGGGUGCUGGUCACCCUCAUGGCUCCCGUUUACUGGUCCUUCGCGCACACCGGUGGGGAUGUCCCCGGUGGGAUCCUGCUCACCCGGGGCACCUUCAGGCACGAGUCGCAGGUGGAGUUCGGUACAGGUGACCUCCUGCACAUCACCCACCUUGCCCGGGGUGCGGAUGCCAGCGGCGCCCUGCUGCUGGACAGCAUGGUCAGCGGCUCCGUGCCCGAGAGCAUCGGCGAGGCCACGCUGCUGCUGCUGGACUUCAGCGAGCACUACGUGCAGACAGGGGCAGGGAGGUUCAGCGGGGGCUCGGUGCAGAGCUUCCUGCAGGACGGGCGCCUCGCCCGUGCCCGCUGCAACCACACCAUCGAGUACGAGCCCUCUCCUGGCCUGCAGCUGCAGCGGGUGCAGCACAUCCAGGCCAGGGAGGUCCAAGCCUCCUUUGACCCGGCCUCGGAGGAGCUCAGCUUCCAGCUCAGCACCUCCCUCAGUGCAGGAGACCAGUGCCCACCGGGAUUUGUCCUGGGCCCUCAGCAGCUGCACUGCCUUGACAUCAAUGAAUGUGCCGAGGGCUCCCACGCCUGCCGCUACAACCAGAUCUGCGAGAACACUGUGGGGUCGCAUCGCUGCGUGUGCCCCCGCGGGUACCGCUCCCUGGCCGCUGCCUGGCCCUGCCUGGACAUUAACGAGUGCCUGCGGUUUCCUCCGCCGUGCGCCUUCGAGUGCCGCAACCUGCGGGGCUCCUACGAGUGCCUGUGCCCCCCCUGGCAUGGCCCUGCUGCCGGAGCGAGUGUGGAGGAACAGGGGCAGGAGGGGGGGGCUGCAGGCAGCACCCCCUGGGACCCCGUCCUGCACUGGGUGGGGCCAAGCAGCCGCCUGCGGGGUCGCUCACACCCUCGGCUCACCCUCAGCCGAGUGGCGAAGGCUGCGGGGCCGGAUGCCCGGGGUCCCUGCCCCUCCGGGUUCAUCAGGAGGAACGGCAGCUGCACCGACCUUGACGAGUGCCGGGUGCUGAACCAGUGCCAGCACGAGUGCAGGAACAGCGAGGGCAGCUACCGCUGCGUGUGCCCGCCAGGUUACCGGCUGCUGCCUGACGGGAAGACCUGCCACGAUGUGGACGAGUGCACGGAGGGCACGGUGCGGUGCGCCUCUGGCCAGCUCUGCUUCAACACGCGCGGAGGAGCCCGCUGCGAGGACGCCCCGUGCCCCGACGGCUACUGGCGAGGCUCCAGCCCUGGGGUGUGCUUCAGCCACUGCGCCCCGGACUGCGGCGCGGUCGGCCCCACGGUGCUGCGCUACGUGCUGCUCCCGCUGCCCCUCGGCGUCCCCGCCGGCCGCGACGUGCUGCGCCUGGCCCCGGGCAGUGCCCUCGGUGCCCGCACCCUCUUCAGGCUGCUGGAGCAGGAUGGGGGCAGCCCCUUCGCCCUGCGUGCUGAGCAGGGCCGAGGUGUCCUCACCACGCUGCGCCCGCUGCGCGCAGCCGGCACCCAUCGCCUCCGGGUGCAGGCGGUGACCCCAGGAGCGCGGCGGGUGCGCAGCAUCUUCCUCAUCAUCAUCUCCGUCUCGCCCUACCCCUACUGAUCGAGCUGGAGGAGGGCAAUGCCGGUGCCAGCCCCGUGGGGUUGUGCCACCUCCUGUCCCUCGGCAUUGCACCGGUGGGGAUGCAGCUCAGGGAGAGCUGAGCUCGCACCAUCCUGUUCCCCGCUGGAGAUCCCCUCCGCGUGGAGGAGCCCUCGCUGUCCCCUGCCCCCCCCCGGCAGCCCCCACCUGCAUUGCCUUCACCGGGGUCAGUCCCUGACUCAGCAGAGCCCCGGGGGGGGGGGGGGGGGCAAGUCCCAGUGGGGACGAGGUGUCCCACCAGCCUGCUGCAAACACCAGGUUUUGUUGCAAUGCCGGCGGUUCUGGAACAAAAACAGCUCAAGGUGGCCUUGGCUGUGAUCGGUCACAAGAUAACGGGACUGGGGGGGGGGCAGGGGGGUGACAGUGACCAGCGAGGGUCCUGCAGGGGUGCAGGGUGCGGCCACCGGGCUGGGGAUGGAGGAGGGAGGGCGCAGGGCCCCCCAGCAUUAACCACGUAUUGAAAUAGCCCUGUGUUCAGUUUGGUUUUAAUCCCGUGCACUUAUUUAUUUAUGGGUUGGUUCCAAAUAAAGGUUUUUUUCUGAGGAAA